CUGCUACUCUUCCGUUUCUGUCCUUUGUUGUGUACUUGACUCGGUUGUUGGUUGUUGUUGAUGCGAGUUGCGCCGCGCCGGCGGAAUAAACUCCCGUUUGAAGACGUACAACAGCUGCGCCCAGCUGCAUCGCACUCAUCAUAAGGCCGCCAUGGCUGCCAAAGAACCAUGGCUCGAUGGCCUUUCAGAUGACUGGGUGCCUCACUCCCGCCUCUCCACCAUGAACCGCUCCCCAAAACACUCCAGGCGGCCUAAUUUAUCCGCCCUGCCACACAGGCCUGUCGACGAACCAAAUUCCGUCCGAUCGGAUAAACAUCACCGGAAACCCUCCAUAUCCAUCGCGCCAUCUCGCCGAAAAAGCCCGGCGUCGCUCAAGCCCUCUUCCCCUCUUAGUUCACAAUGUGCCACAGCCAAAGAUUCACUCCGGAGCCGUUCGUCUUCCGUUAAAUCAGCGUCACGAAGCUCGAAGCCAACGUUGAAUACGUUAACUGAGGUCGCCUCCACAAUGAACGUUCGACCGGCAAACACAAAACAAAGCGGCAACACACCAGAAUGGAAGCGCAGGCUCCUGCGUGGUGAUGCGCCCGAGGGCGAAAGCGGUGACUUGUUUGGCCCAAUCGGACUGCAAAAGUUAUUCACACCGCCUUCUGGCUCCGAAUCUGUGACACGAGCGGACUUAUCGAGACGGAACGAACGAAGCAAAUUGUCGUUGAGAUCGCGAUUAUCUGGAAAUGCACAAAAGUACGAAGUUGGAACUUUGUCUUUCAAAGGCGAUUCCCAAAAGUUGAAGCUCCUCAGGUCCUGGGACAAAGAAAAUGCCAGUCUUACAUGGAUGGAGCGGAUGUCCGAGGUCUCCCCGGCAGAUCUCAGCCGACUGUUGCGAGAGAGCCAACUUAGCAUCAAUGAGAUGGACAUGGCAUGGCUAAAGCAGGACUUUUCUCGGCUCAGCCUCGAUUCAACAGAAGACCUGAUGGUAGAAACGCGAAGUCGAUCGGCGAGUGGCCUUGAGGAAACCAGGAAUGAAGCCAUUAGCCCAAUACCUGUCCCCACCAGUGAUAUGUUAAAAGAUCGGAAUUCUUUCCACGUCCGCAGACCAAACUCUAGUGCGAGCGAUAGCUACUGUGAGCUGCAACCCGAAUACACUGAAGACUACGCUAAUAUAGACGAUUCCUUUGAUAUAACUAGCCACUCGUUGCCCGAGGGACUAUCCAUGGGUACACAGGAAUUUGCUUCGGUCAGUGCACGACGGGGCUAUUUGGACGAAACUUCCCUCCACAGCCGGUUUUUAAGUCCAUCUUUGACUCCAUCGCAACUCCCUCCCUAUGGUGCUUCCCGCUUUCAGAACCAUUUAUCCAGCGGCGACCGGCUGGAUAGUUCCAGGCUGGCACCCGCAAAGCUCCCUCACCCUUUUACACCCAAGAAACAAACGAACAAGGAUAGUCGACCGCCUGGCAGGAACGUCAUGAAGCCUUCUGGGAGUCCUCUGAAGCUAUUCGCAAACCAUGAUACAUUCACAAAUAAUAAGCUUCUUCGCCGAAUGAGCCAGUUCGAAGAGACUUUUGAAGCCACACUUGAGGAAGGAACAUCAUGCGCAAUAGAGUCUGCAGAUAUCAGCCAUAACGAAGUUGAUAUUCAGGAGAGCGAAAAGGCGACAGAUUUCGAAGGCCAACGCGCUUUGCGCAGUGCAUCACGACCUCAACCUGAGGAGCCCGACUACCAGAAAGAAGCCGCCUCUUUCUGUUCUUCAAAGCAUGUAGACAAGAGGGUUCUCAACAGUCCUACAAAGGGUUCAGCCCCCAAGAGGAGGCGUACACUUGUCUCUGCUACCCAACCCAGUCCGGCAUGGCAUGAACCUAUAAUCGAAUCAGCGGAGUUUAGUUCAGUCGUAGCCAGCCCACAACAACACGAUGAGGCAACCGUAGCGGUUAAGGAUUCAAAAGACAACCGAUUCGCUCUCUCACAUCCAGCCAGGUUGAACGACUUACCCCGGCCCCCCAGCAAGCAAACAGAGGCAAGGGCAUCCUCUCUUACCUCGCCUUCAAAAACAAUGAGGAGUCGCGACAACAGUUCAGGUUCUAAAGUUAUAAACCAUGGUCCUGCCACUAAUCCGAUCAGAAAGGGAUCAAUUACCACCCAGGACUUCCUCGAUGAAGCUAGCAAAAUAAUGAAUCACAUACGCAGACGCGGUGGGCCAAGGAACGGGCUACCGGACCUAGAAGAGUCUGUGAUAGUAAGCGAAGAAGACUACGGCGACAACUUCAGUGAACCAUCGACCCAGGAGUGUUUUUCAAGACCACCCAGCCGUGAAGGCGGUGGUGUCCAACAACCAAAGAGCUUUAAUGAGCCAGAUCCCCGGAUCAUUAGCCACCUCAAGCGAUAUGAAGACAGCGACGAGUUGGAUGUCUUCAUGGGUGCUUCCGUAAUGUCUCUUCGUCUUAGAUCGCGACAGAGAGCGAAUAGAAAGCUCGACGCGCACGCAGAAGAGAGCAGUCCGACAAAUGCCCGGAUACACGAGAGUGUGCAUCACCUUCACCCGACGCACCAACACGCGACAGAAGGAAAUUUCUCUUCGAAUGACUUGGGCAUAUCGAAAGAAGAAUUGAAGACUGUGGCAUCGACCGGAAGUAUUGCGGACAGCUCUACAGGCAGCGCAAGGGCGAAAGGAAUAAUAUCCUCACAAAUGGUUUCGCACUUGAUCCCUGAGAAAGUGGGAGCUAUGACUUACGACAGAACACACCACAUAUGGAUUAGAGGUGGUAUUAGCCCUGAACAGCAUAUUACCUCUUUCAUCAGCGAGGACGAUCCCUUCCGAGAUAUUCCUGAUCUUAGUGUCGAUGAACUCCGGGAGCUGAUGGCUAUUCGGAGUGUGCCCGGUCAUGCCAAAAAGCCAGAGCAAUUGAGACGCGAAGACAACGCGUUCCAAGAGACAGAUGAGCAUCAGAAACAGGCCCCUCAGAAAGGAUCGCGACCACGAACGCAAGAAAGCACAAGCAGUGUACAAUCUAAAUCUACUCGAUCCACGUCGAGCGAGGCUCAGCCAGAUACCAGAGCUACAUCAUGGGCCACGAAGGAUUUAACAAGCUCUCCGGCACAUCAAAUUGCGCUAAAGCUGGAUACCUCCCAGGAUGCUCAGGAAGCAGAGCACGACAAUGAAUAUCCGUCGCCAAUUCCGUCUCCCAUUAGUGGCGAUAAGAAACAAGCAAGAGCCGUCACCAUAACUUUCUCUUCGCCUUUGGUUUCGCACAUUGCCUAUGGAGAUGGAGAUUCGGCCCAUGAUGAGAGCCGUACUAGGAGCCCAGCUGGAGAUUUCGUCGAGACGGGCUUUGAAACCAAAGGAAGCAUUGAACGCCAACGCUCCUCUCUAAAGAUGCCGUCACCUCGUUCUUCUUUGCCAGCCGGAAAUCGAAGUGGGAGACCAGUGUCACGUAUUGAUGAGCGGGACGAAGACCUGUUUGAAGAACUUAGUGAACUAAAUCAAGAUCUUUCUGUCCUUCCAGCCAGAGAAGAAUUAUCUCUGGUAGCAGCGCGCGAUCCCCAUCUCGACACAAGCUACAACUUUCAUCUAAGCCCACUGGCAGAAUUUACGGUAAACCAAAUCGAUGAAUCUUUCAAGUUGGAACUCAGUUAUGUUGCUGAGCGAACUUUUCCCCGCUCUCUUCGACAAGUUCAUGGUACAUUUGCUUUGGCAGCCGAGGAGCUGAUAAAGCACAUCACGGACGUGGAGCCUUACGAAGCAUAUUGGGAACAUUUGCGGCGAUUAAAUCUUCGAAGCAAGAAACUGAUUACUCUUCUGGGACUCAAUAAGUAUUGCCCCAGGCUUGAGGAGCUGGACGCUUCGGACAACAGCAUUGGUCAGCUCAGCGGUGUUCCUACAAACAUCCGCAGUUUGAAUAUUUCGCGUAACUGCUUGACAAAUUUGACGGCUUGGGGCCAUUUGUCCAAUCUUCAGUAUCUCGACGUGUCGAAUAAUGAACUCGAGAAUCUUGACGGUGUUUCGGGACUGGUUCAUCUCAGAAGCCUGAAAGCCAACAAUAACAAACUCACCUGCAUAAACGGAAUCUUUAAUCUGGAUGGACUCUUAUCUUUUAAGGCAAGGAAUAAUCUACUCACCUCUGUUGACUUUAAGAGUGCCGACUUGUUUCGCCUGACCAAUUUGGACUUGAGCGGAAAUCAGAUCUCAAGCGUAGUCAGUAUCGAUUCUCUUGACGCUCUAGAGACGCUUGACUUGCGAUAUAACGAGAUUCAAGAUUUCACCGUUUCAGGAAAACUUCAACAGUUGCAUUCGUUGAAACUCUCGCACAACCACCUUCAGGAGUUAAAUAUCUCAGAGUUUCCAAGCCUGAAACUUCUGUACCUCGACUGUAAUCACCUGAGCACUAUUGAUGGGCUCGAAAUAUGUCAACAUCUCGAUACAUUAUCAGUGAGAGAGCAAACUGCCUUUGAAGAAGAAGAUCGGUUAUACCCGCCCACCGUUGACCUUGAUUUAUCCGGCAAUGUCUCGAUACGCAAGCUAUAUUUGUCGUGUAACAAGCUCUCUCUAAGUUUGCUUGCGCCUGCUUCCUCUGUUUCGUCGCUUCGGCUCCUAGAUCUUGCCUCGUGUGGGCUAGAGAGUCUUCCGACGACCUUCGGAAAAAGGUUCCCGAACCUGAGCACCUUGAACCUUAAUUUUAAUGCCAUAUCGGACGUCGGGUCCCUAGAUGGCAUCUCCAAGCUCUCUCGCUUGUUCAUGGUUGGGAACAGGGUCUCUCGCCUUCGAAGAUUCUGCCAAGUUUUGAGGCUUGUUGGGGGGGAGGAAGGAAGCCUUUCAAAAGUUGAUGUGCGGGGAAACCCGCUCACUGUUGGAUUCUAUCCGUCCCCAGUAUUUGGGAAUGGGAAAUCAAUCACGGCUCCAGGUGAUGGAGAGCACAUUGGGCGAAAGGCACAACAGCUUAUUAAACGGCGAGCUCGUGAGAUUAGUGACGGCGAUAAUGACGAUGGUGUGCUUGCACCUAUCGGUGGCCAUGCUGAUAUUGCCCGUGUAGAAGGAGGGGAGCACGUAUCACUCAUUCGGCCAGAAGCUGAAGAUGUGGAGGUCGAAAUUGAUGAUCCGUACACGGUCCCAUUGGUGAAUCCCGCUGCAGAUGAGAAGUAUUUGGUGCAUUUAGAUGAAGCGACAAGGCUACGACGGCGGGUUGUUGAAUUGAUGAUUCAUGCUGCUACUUCAAGUCGGUUAAAGGUCUUGGAUGGUUUAGAUUUGGGCGGCGAUGCGAGUGAGAAAGGGAUUGUAAAUAUGAAAAAGGAUUGGGUUUGGAGACGGCUCGUGGAGUUGGGAGUUUUGAAGAAGAGAGAUUGA